ACAGUUUUUUUUCGACAAAAUAACAGUUUAAUAAUGGAAUAUAGUCGCUUUUAUACUUGAUAUAUACUUUUUUUGUUUUUAAUAUAAAAUCUUUUAAAAUUGUGUACAUAGAUUAAAAAAUUAUUAAUUUUUUAUAUUUUAUAAACAAAAACAUCAUUAAUUAUUUAUCUAAUUAUAAAUUAACCAAUAAUAAAAUAAAAGCUAUAUUAUCAUUGAUCAUAUAAUAUUAAGUAUUAAUAAAUUUUACACAGAAAAUCGAAAACGUCGUAUAAUUUAAAAUUAAAAAAAAAUUAAAACGACUUAUAUUAAAAAAUACUUUAUUAACUUUUGGAAUAAUAUUUUAAAGCAAAAAAAAACUUUGGAAUAUACGCCAAAAAAAAAGCUUUAAGAUAUAUGCAUGUAAUUUCGUAAGCAUUAUCCACAGUAGAAUUUGCCUUAUAGUACUGUAACACAUGUCUGACUUAUACGUGUCGAUACUAAAUGAAUUUGUCAGAUGUGAUAUUUCCGCAAAAUAAGAAGUCACAAUCAGAGUUUCGAGGAGUUUGUGUAAGAAAGGGACCCCACCCGAAUCUUAAGAAAAAACUCUCCUCUUCGAAACACCAACCAAGGAUACUCCGUCAAGUGGGUCCCACGACAAAUAAAGUUAACGUAUGCAAAUUAAUCUCACGUCCUUAUUAAGCGAUGAUUAAAUAGUAAAUACAUAAAACUAGUCCUAUACUGCUUGCUUAACUAGCUGAUUUUUCCGUGCUCAUGCACGGAUACAAACAUCAUGCACGGAUACUAACAUUUACGUAAUGAUUAAAUUAAAAAAAAUUGAUAAAAAAAAUUUUUUUGUUUAUAACUUUUAAGUUAAUUUUUAAUCUCUAUAAUAUUAUUUGAAAAGUUAGUUUGUUAUGUAUUAUUAUGUUCCCAUCUUAAUUGGUUACAGUUAAACUAAAAUAAGCUCAUCUUGUUACUUUAUCUUAGGAUGAAAAAUAUAUUUUGUAAGAUUGUGUAUAAUUUGCUAUAUGCUGUUUUCCAUAAAAUUAAAAAAAACUAAAGUGCUAAUAAUUUUUGUUAUGAAAAUUCUAAUCAUUCAAUCAAAAAUAUAUUGAUAAAUAAGAAAUACUAUUUAUAUUGUUGUAGCCUCACGUUAUAAGACAUUUAUUUGUUUUAAAAAUAAUCAUAAGAUAUAAUAAUUCUGGUAAAAUAAGAUAUUAAAUAAUCAUUUAUGUUGUUCCAAAUUAUUUUCUUAUUAAUUAUUUGAUUGAAAGAUAUUUAUAAUAAAAAUAUUAUUAUAUUUUAGAAAAAUAUAUCUGAAUUAUUAUAUUUUUAAGUUUUUGUGAAGUUAUUUUUAUAUAUAUUUAUAAGUAUACAUUUUUAAAAGUUAUUGAAAUUUUUAUUUUUGUCGUAGGAAACAUAAAGAAUAAAAAAAACUAAAUUCGUUUUUAUAUAAAUGUAUAUGUUUAUAUUUUAUUAAAAAAUUCUUUUUAUUAUUUAUGUGUCUUAAUAAAAAGAAAAAUUACAUUAAAAAAUUAAUCACAGUUUUAUUAAGCAAAAGGAAACAUAGAUAAUUGUUAUUAAUGGAAAUCCUUAAUAAUGAAAAAAUGAAAAUCACUAAUAAUAUUUUUAAUUCAUUAAGGAUAUAAGUGUAAUUAACCACCGUGAGAGUUAACGUGAGCACGACACAUAAACUUCUCAAAUAAUAUUAUAGAGAUUACCAUCUGCUUAAAGACAACCUUUCUAACUUCUUCUUAUUUUUGUUUGAUUCUUAUCAAUCUUCGAUAUCAUUCUCUAAUUUUAUUAGUUUCCUCUCUAAACACACAGAUAGAGUGCUAAUUACUGCAUAUAAUAUAAUGGUGGCCACAUUAUCUCUGUGGCUGAUUUUCUUUCCUUCUUAAGCACCCACCCGUGAAUCUCUCUCUCCUUUCUUCUCUCUGUUCCAUCUUUUUAAUUUUUUCCCCAAGAUUUUGAAUCCCUCAGAUCAAAAACAAAAACAAAGGCUUAAGGAAUCAUGAACAAUCCAUUAUUAUUAUCCAUCACAAACCCAGUAAAGCUCUUGAAACCAUCAACAAUCCCGUACGGUUUAAACCUAAACACCACCAUUAACAAGAAACAGCAGCAGCUAACCAAAACCAUUGUCCUAAACUCCAACACCAGAUCGAGAACAACAACAACAUUCACCAGUAGUCUCUCGUUGGUUAGAAGGAGAAACAACAAUGGUGGUGGUGUUACUGGAGGCUUUGAUGAAACGGAAGUUUGUAGAAGAGAUCAAGGAAACGCAGUUUUGUUGUGUGCUUUAGGUUAUUGGGUUCAAGGGUCAAGGUGUUUCCCAUGGCUUGCACUUAACUUUCACAUGUCUCAUUGCCUUCAUCUCAAGCCAUCUACCCUUCAGCUUGUGCAGUACACUGCUAUUCUUCCCAUGGUGGCUAAGCCUCUCUAUGGAGUCCUCUCAGAUGUUCUGUACAUCGAUGGUGCUCGUAGAGUUCCUUACAUCUCCAUUGGAGUGCUUUUGCAAGGUUUAGCAUGGGGUUCAUUAGCAAUAUUCCCCGGUUCUAGAGAAGCUCUUCCUUCGCUUUUGGGACUUGCUUUGCUUAGUAACCUUGGAGCAUCUGUUACUGAAGUUGCACAAGACGCAUUAGUAGCUGAGUAUGGUUUAAGAUACCAAAUGAAUGGUCUUCAGUCCUAUGCCCUCAUGGCUUCAGCUGUUGGAGGAAUCCUUGGAAACCUUCUUGGUGGAUAUUGCUUGGUCAAGACACCUCCUAGAAUCUUGUUCCUUGCUUUCACAGCUCUCUUGUCUCUUCAGCUCACUGUUUCUCUGUCCUCUAAAGAAGAAUCAUUUGGCCUAGCAAGGAUAAGAGAGACAAGCUUAAAGAAACAGUUUAAUGAUCUUAUGGGAGUUAUUCAGGGAGAUGAAGUCUCUCAGCCAUUAACUUGGAUCAUAGCUUCCAUUGCAAUGGUGCCUCUUCUCUCAGGAUCUGUCUUCUGCUACCAAACUCAAGUUCUGAAUCUUGAUCCUUGGGUUAUAGGAAUGUCAAAGGUUAUUGGACAGUUGAUGCUUCUAUGUUUAACCGUGGUUUACGAUCGUUACUUGAAGAAGACGCUUCCCAUGAGGCCACUGGUCCAUAUAGUUCAGCUCCUAUAUGCAUUGUCAUUACUCUUUGAUUACAUUUUGGUGAAGCAAAUAAAUGUAACGCUUGGAAUCUCCAACAAGGCUUUUGUGCUUUGCUUUUCAAGUGUGGCUGAGAUUCUUGCACAGUUCAAGAUUCUUCCGUUUUCUGUCUUGCUAGCAAACAUGUGCCCUGGAGGGUGUGAAGGAACCAUCACUUCUUUCCUUGCUUCAGCUCUGUGUUUGUCAUCGAUAGUUAGCGGGUUUGCUGGAGUUGGGAUGGCUAAUGCGAUCGGUGUAACGUGUAAUAACUACGCAAACUUGCCUGCAGGAAUCCUGAUGCAGUCUUUGGCAGCUAUGUUGCCUUUGUGGUUUAUUCAUUAUGUUCCAAUGUCAGAGCCUGGGUUUGAGAGAGAAGGUAAGAGAGGUUUGAGUAAGAGAAGUAGGAGGAAUAGACGAGUAGGGAGAGUAGUUGGUCAGGAGAUUUUCGCUUACCGUCGAGAAAGAGAUGCAGAAGCACAAACAUAAACAAGAACCACUCUCAGUUAGCUUGUAGUUCUUCAGCUCAUAGAUUGAGAUCAGAAAAUGAGAUUUUGUGACCAAGAAGGAUUAGAACAGAUAGAUAGUUUGUUUGGAUACAUGAUCCUCUCAGUUAACAAUCAAGACAUGGAUGCUUUUAGGUUCCUCUCACUGUUACAUUCAUGUCCUUAGGUUUGGAUGAUACAUGAUACUCUAUUAACAAGCAUGAAAUGUUUGAAAAGUGAGAACAACUUGGUCCAGCUUCUACAGACAUUCCUGAAAAAAAAAUCCAACAACAGCAACACAAGAGACUGUUUCCAAGCUAUAUAUUUACCAGAUGCUCAUCUGCAAUGGGCGCGGUUGAGAGAGUUCAUUUCCAAGCUUUAGCAUCUCAUAAGACAAUGAAGCAGCUUCCAUGGACAUUCCAUCUGGCUCCAUAGCCUAAGAUGAUAAUGCUACAAGAUACUCCUAUUUUGUAUCAUAUCUUUCAUGAACCGAGUGCUCCUUUCUGCUAGUAGUUUUUUUUUUCAAAUAUAUUUUUAUUUUGUUAUAUCGUUGUCUGGUUAGAUCUUUACCGUAAAAGCUACAACUUAACUUCAGAAGAUUGAUCAUUGCUGUUCAAUCAUUCAUACAACUCACGAACAAUUUAAAAGAUAGAAAGAGCUUUUUUUUUUUGGUAAAAGAUAGAAAGAGCUUUGCUAAUGUGUUGUUACUGGAAUCAACAAAUCAAUAUGAGAGCAAAGAGUUUUUUUUCACGAAUAUCCACUCCUAUUCAUUUC